AUGUCUUCAAAAUUUUGGGCAGAGUUAUCUAACGAUUAUGAAAAAUUGCUUGAAACAGAAAUUGGAUAUGACGUUAUUAUUUACACCGGAGAAGGACAAAAUAUGAAGGAAAUUCAUGCUCAUUCAAAUAUUUUGUGUAUUAGGUCUCAAUAUUUCCGUACUGCAUUUUCUAAUGAAUGGGCUGAGAAAAGAGAUGGAAAAUUUAUUUUCAAAAAACCAAAUAUUUCACCUCAAUUAUUUAGUAUCAUUCUUAGAUUUAUUUAUUGUGGAAAUAUUGAAUUGAAAAAUUUACAAGGUUCCGAUGUACUAAAAUUAUUGAUAGCAGUGGAUGAGCUAAAUAUCCAUUCGUUAGUUUUCCAUAUUCAAGAAUUUUUGAUUGAACAUCAGACAGAAUUUUUAAACCAGAAUCCAACCGAAAUCCUUGAAACUAUUUAUCAACAUGAAACGUUUACGGAUUUAUGGAAUUUUUGUCUUGAUAAAAUUUGUGAAGAACCUAAAAUUUUAUUUAGCUCUGAUAAUUUUAUUAACUUAAAAGCUCCUUUAUUGGAAUUAUUAUUGAAGAGGGAUGAUUUGAAUAUGGGUGAAGUUGAAAUUUGGGAGUAUUUAUUGAAAUGGUGUUUCGCUCAACAAAAAAUGCAAAAUAAUCCAACAAAAUGGAAUAAAGAUGAUAUUAUAAGGGCUGAAAGGGAAUUAUACAAGUUUAUUCCUUUAAUUCGAUUUUAUGAUAUUGAACCUACAGAUUUCUUUUAUAAAGUUUAUUGUUACAGAGAUAUAUUACCACAGGAUUUAAUUCAUGAUCUUUUGGAAUAUUUUAUAGUUCCUAAUGUGAAACCUAAAGUUAAUUUACCUCCUUCAAGAAAUCCAAUUCUAAAAUAUCAACUUGAUUCAACCAUGAUUGAAUCAAAACAUCUUCCCCUCAUUUCUUCAUGGAUUGAUAAACAAGAAUCCUCUUAUUAUGAUAGAAAAAAAAUUCCAUAUGAUUUUAAGUUAUUAUAUAACUCAAGUAAGGAUGGAAUUGAUACUGAUUCUUUUCAUAGGAAUUGUGACAAUAAAGGAGCUACUAUUUGGGUGGCAAAAAUUAAAAAUUCAACACAAUUAAUUGGAGGGUAUAAUCCACUUGAUUGGAGUGUACAAUCUGGAUAUAAAACUACAGCAGAUAGUUUUUUAUUUAAUUUUACAGAUGGAAAAAAUAUUUCCACUGCAAAACUAGGGUAUGUUAUUAUGACCGAUAAAGCUGUUUAUUGUGGUAGUAAUUAUGGACCAAGUAUGGGUAAUUUAUUUUGUUGUAAUAAUAAUUGGAAUUAUAGUGAUGGUGAUAAUGGAAAUCGCUAUCAUAGAAUAGGAAUUCCAAAAGUUUUUGAAGUAGAAGAUUAUGAAGUAUUUCAAGUAAUUAAAAAGUAA